UAAUUGUCUCAGUAUUUAAAUAGAUUUAUAAUAGUUUAUCAGAAAUCGGUGACAUUAUUGUCGUGUGAAAAUGUUUACAGAUAAAUCCCAAGAUUGCUACAGUGAAACUCAUUAAUUGAAAGAUUUAAUAAUAUUUUUAAUGUAACUUAAAAAUAAUUGCUAUUAUUAAUUUUUAUACAUGUUUAAUGUUUAAUUUGGAAAAAAGUUUUUAGAACUUCCUUUGAAACGAUAUGUUUUUCACAAGAACGAGGUAAUUUCAUAUUUGUCGCUUGACAAAGGCCUUACGAAACGCGCUACAUGAAAAGUUUCCAGAAUUACGGGUUUAUCUGACAAGUGGUCGCUCAGUUUAAACAGUUUGAAAUAUGGUCUUGCACGGUAGUAUAAGAGUACAAUAAUCACCGCCAGCUCGUCGGAAGAGAAAAUUAUGUGGGUGUACGUGUAAUUUCGUGUUUUCUCAGCUGAUUAAAGAGGGACGGUCCGUACGUGUGCGAAGAACAUCAGUAUGAAUGACAGAACACAAAAUGCGCUUCCCGUGACAUAAUUCGCGACCAUUAGAAUCGUGGCACGAUACAACACGAUUUAAUGGUGAGUCAACGAUUACAAUUAAUUACUUAUCCUGCUGGUUGCAUCUCGACCGCUCGCUCUGACUCGUUCAUUAUUAACCGAGUCUCUUAGAACAUGGUGUAUACUUUAGAGUUUCACUUUGAGAAUUACCUUUAAUAAUAAAAAUUACAAAACUCAGAAUGAAUAGUGAGAGCUCACCGCAAAAACGGUUUAUGAACUAUAGUAGUAAUAAAUUUGAAAGUUUAAGAUCUUAGAAAAGUUUCGCGAAAAAUGUAUUAGACAUAUAGUAUUCAGGAAGCAGAAAGAUGAAAAGUGAAAAGCAAUAUUAUGUAAUUAAUAAAUGUAAUAAGUUAAACUUUCUUUUUUGGUUGAACGUUGCAAUUGUAGUAUCUUUAUUUCUGGAAAUUAUUCUCGUUAGUUAAACUCUAUAAUAAACUAAGACUAAGAUAAGAGGCUAAUUAUUCAAGAGUAAUUAUUUUUAUAUGAACAAAUAUAAAUCUUUACUUUUUUUUAUUAGUGCAGAAUUUAAAACGAUUCUCAGUACGGAGAAGCUUUUUCCAUUGCAUAAUUUAUCAAAUAUUGUAAUAAUAACUAUUUCUUAAACAUACACAUCUAAAUUUCUUAUUACAUUCCGAAAUACUCAGAGAAGAUCAAUAGCAUGAUAUUAUUGUACUAGGUCUAACGACGAUAAUCAUCACGUUAUGUCAUUACGAUUAAUCAUCAAGUGAUAAAUUGUGAUCAAGUGAUUUAUAUUGGUUGUUAUCGACAUUCGAUACGUGAACGUCUUGUAAGAAUCAUGGGCGAGCUUUGCUCACACGGACAUACGUUUGCAUGAUUUCGCGCGUGAUUUGAAGCUGCGAUCGGAAAUUGCGACGAUCGGUGUGACAUUUCACCGCGUGGAUCCACGCGCGGGUUCAACGACACUCGCGGAACAGCACGAUAGAGUACAUGUCUUGUGACGCGCAAAUACGUGAGUGCCGUGGUGGGACGAUCGAGGAAGAGAUCAGAGAAAGGGGCGGUUACCAUUGUUUAUCGAUGUAUAACUCGGAGCUCUUUAAGACCGUGUGGACAAAGAUAGGCCGGAUGUGCGGCUACAUCAUUUGUGCCAAAUCCUACCUCUCAGGUCAGUAUGCUCUGGUGCCGGAAAAAAUCGUCCAUGAAAUGGGGGUGUUGGAAAUGGCGGCUACCGAGAGCACGAUCCGAUUUAGCGGCCACACGUUGGACAAGGCGACCAAGGCCAAGGUAACGCUGGAGAACUAUUACAGUAAUCUGAUAGCACAGCACAUCGAGCGGAAGCAGAGGCUGGCGAAGCUCGAGGAGUCCCUCAAGGAUGAAGGCCUCUCGGAGCAGCAGAAGCAGGAGAAGAGGUUGCAGCAUGCCCAAAAGGAGACAGAGUUCCUCCGACUAAAGCGGUCCAGGCUUGGCGUCGAGGAUUUCGAGCCUCUCAAGGUUAUCGGCAGAGGUGCAUUCGGCGAGGUGAGACUCGUGCAGAAGAAGGAUACCGGACAUGUGUACGCGAUGAAGAUCCUUCGGAAAGCGGACAUGCUCGAGAAGGAACAAGUUGCUCAUGUCAGAGCGGAAAGGGACGUCCUCGUGGAAGCGGACCAUCAGUGGGUCGUGAAGAUGUACUACAGUUUCCAGGAUCCUAUAAAUCUCUAUCUAAUAAUGGAGUUUCUUCCCGGCGGUGACAUGAUGACGCUGCUUAUGAAAAAGGACACGCUUUCCGAGGAGUGCACGCAAUUUUAUAUUUCCGAAACGGCGUUAGCGAUCGACUCCAUACACAAAUUAGGUUUUAUUCAUAGAGACAUCAAACCAGACAACCUGUUGCUGGAUGCACGGGGCCACAUAAAACUUUCUGAUUUUGGGCUGUGUACGGGUUUGAAGAAGUCACAUAGGACCGAUUUCUAUCGAGACCUGAGUCAAGCAAAACCUUCUGAUUUCAUGACAUCAUGCGGGAGUGGAAGUGGCGGCGCAAUGGACAGCAAGAGGAGAGCCGAGAGCUGGAAGAGAAACAGGAGAGCGCUAGCUUAUAGCACGGUGGGCACUCCAGACUACAUCGCGCCGGAAGUGUUCUUGCAAACAGGUUACGGACCGGCUUGCGAUUGUUGGUCUCUGGGAGUUAUUAUGUAUGAGAUGCUUAUAGGAUAUCCACCAUUCUGCAGUGAAAAUCCGCAGGAGACGUAUAGAAAAGUAAUGAACUGGCGAGAAACAUUAGUAUUUCCACCGGAAGUUCCCAUUAGCGAAGAGGCUAAAGAUACCAUUAUCAGAUUUUGUUGUGAAGCCGAUAGAAGAUUAGGGGCGCAAAGAGGCAUCGAGGAACUCAAAUUAGCGCCCUUCUUCCGUGGUGUCGAUUGGGAGCAUAUCAGGGAACGACCAGCCGCCAUACCGGUCGAGGUGCGAUCUAUCGAUGACACGUCGAACUUUGAUGAGUUUCCAGACGUAAAAUUAGAGAUACCGUCCGCGCCAAUGCCACAGGACGGCGAGGUAAUAUACAAGGACUGGGUAUUCAUUAAUUACACUUUCAAGCGCUUCGAAGGUUUGACACAACGGGGCACACCGACCAAGAAAUAGCAACCCCUUACUUCCUGCUCGAUAAACAGUGCCGUCGCCAAUCAGCAGCCAGCUGACGUGAUCGAAAUUCCGGCCUUGGUACAUCAUCCUCAUCCGCCGUCGUCGACAGCAAUGGUGUCGCGUAUGGCGGAGGGCUGACUUGUCUUGCUUUUAGGCGCGGUUUAAGUAUCGAACACGAGUCAUUCUUAUUUGUACAUACGUGAUGAGCACGAAUAGUCGCUGCAUAGCGUCAAUCACGGAUAUCAACAUUUGCGAGCGACGACGAGCUCGAUCAGCCAAACGGACAGACGGACGGAUAUAAGAGGGCAGCGAUAAAGGUGCACAAUACACGAAUAUUGUACGCCUCGACGCGUAGCUCGAUAACGCGCGAUAAGGCGAUGUGAACGAAGUCUCGUGACUCACGGUGAUCCUCGUACGUAUCCCCGUCGAGAAGCAUUCUUCUUUAUUGUCGUGCCGCGGAAGAUGCGUUUUGUGCGAAGCAUAGCAUAAUAAGCUCUCUGUGGUAAUGGUAUUAAACGGAAAUGAUCGGAGGGAGACUCGGUCCCGUAAUUCUCAUUACUUAUUUAUCUAUGCAACGCGCGUGUCAACGAAAUUUUACUAUGCGAAAUAAAUUUGUCGAACGCUCGGCUAAGCUCUCGAAUCAAGCUCUCUUUUUCUCUUUGUUCGAACGUUGUAUUUAUAAUUAACUCUCUGUGAUAUAUGAAGUUGUUGAAAAUGUCUGCUAUCUUUGGACCUUUUUGUCUGUUAGCGGAUGUUACACUUUUAUUGAUGUUGUGUACAUAUAUAUAUGUGAUUAAUCGUAUUUCGAUAUGUCUUAAAAAUCUAAAAGUUGUUGCAAUGAAAUUUUAUAAUAUUAUGUAUUUUUGCGCUAUUUUUAAGAGCUUAGAUUUGUUCACGAAACUGGGAGAAAUACUGACAAUUAACGACACGCGCACGAAAUUUUUUGAUAUAUAAAAAGAUAACCAUAUAUAUAUUUUACACAUUUUAUCAUAUAAACUGAACUUAUGGGAAAUACUUUCAGCACCGGGUCUCUCUCUUUCUCUAUCUCUCUUUCUCUUGUAAGGCAAUAAUAAACAUUUAGCCGUGUGAAUACACGAUAAAGGAUGCUAGACUUUAAAAGAUACCGUAAAAAGGCGUAAGAAGGGAGAAAGAAAAAUUACACUUGUAAAAAUCAGGGCUCCUUCGUUGCCUUAUUAAGGUUCCUAACAGACAGCCCAACAAAUCCGUACGUUUAAACGAAAGAGAUGAGCCAGACAUGCCACUUCUUCGAUGGAAAAACGAUAAGAAAAUGGCGAGUGUGUUAUGACGAUGUAUAGAAAAUCGUAUGCACACACGCCCGUGUAUUUUAACACUCAAUGGAACCGGAUACUACCUUUUCUUUCGAUCGCACUGUGAACAAUUUUACGAUUUACAUUUCGUAGUUUUGCUGAUAACCAGGGCACCUUGGUAAUAAAAUAGCGUAAUAACGAUAAAGACUAGGUAACAUUUAAGAUAACAAACAUACAUACACACAGAAGUACCUAUACAUUAAAUAAAAGAAUGCACGCGUGCGCGUUCGGAACGUAAUAUUGCGUUUUGGAUAAUAUAGUACAUGUGUAAAAAGAAAAAUUCUCAACGCUCCUUCCACGUAACGUUUCGGCGUGUCUCCACUUAGUAAUCACGCAAUCACGCUGUACUGUACAUUCGACGAAGAGAUUAGUUUCGUACGACUAUUCCGCCUGCGUAUGUAUCUUAAUGCCGUUUACCGAAUGAAAUUUUCAGGUAGUUUAAAUAAAGCAGAGAACGCCUAGAUGUAUUACCAGUUAAGCCAGUACUUUAAACGAAGAGGAAAAAAGAAAAAAAUUUUCACCCGCGAAUGAAGCUAGUAGAAAAAAAGAAAUAUGAAAACUAUUUUCUGCACUAUGCUAAGAGUUAAAUCGACGACGAGUGUAACGUGUAAGCAGGAAAGUUAGAAAAUUACGGAAUACUUUUAGUCUCUCCUUGUCGCCAUUGAGUACAGAUGCUCUGACGUCCAUGCUACUAAGUAAAAAAAAAAGAAAAGAAAAAAAACGAAGAAGUGAUCACAAUUUAUUUAUUUAAAGAGAAAGUCUAAAUAAAUGAUACAACAAUAGCCACGAGAUGCCUUCGACGCAACAAGUUUCGGUGCCCUGGAACAGUGCAUAUAUAUAAAUAUAUAUAAGUAUAUAUGUAAAAAAGUAUAUAUAUAUACAUAGAUACCUUUUAGCAGAGAGAGAGAGAAGUGUAAUAUGCGCUAAAUUUAGGUGUUGAAUUAUAGGUGUGCUCUGAAUUCGAAGUCAGGUGGGUGUACAUUUUUUGUCUUUUUUUUUCCCGAAAGCGAGAAAGAGGGAACGAGCGUAUUAUAACAGCGGGAUGGUGACGAGAUGUAUGUACGCGCACGAGUUACUACACAUUUUAUGUAAAAUGUAAUUCUGAGGACACGUGAGAGGGAAAUCUCUAAGUAGACUUAACGGUAUUGAUUGUCGAUGUACACUGUAAAUACUGACGAGGCAACUAAAUAUUAUUAAGAGCAAGGCAGUUUGAACUCCGAUGUUUAAUUGGUUACCGCUGUACUGCCAUCCUCGACUUUUUAUUAUUGUAUAUCGUACAUGAUGAAUCGCAUUACGGGUGUGUUAAACGUACGGUAUAUCAUCCAAUCUCACGUUUUUGCUCGUGUUUACGCUAGUGUUCUUAUCAUUUUACGAAUACUGAUUAGUUGUUAAUUUUACAGUUAAUUUAAAUGAAAGAAACCGCGAUAGAUCUCUCCUAGCUAAUUCAAACUAAAUAGAUGUUAAGUUACUUUUUUCUUCGGCAAGGAGUUUUUUUUCUGUCUUUUCUCUCGCCGAAUAGGAAUUGUUUCCAAUGACGUUCUCGAUGAUUACACGUCCGGAGGUUUCGAUUCCUACAUUCGCGUCUUCUCUUUGUAGCUAUCUUAUCAAAUCUAAUCAUGUGAUUUCUUUUUUCGCGUAUAUGUAGGAUUUUCGAAUUAUGUAAUAUCAUGCAUAUACGAUUAAUCAUACGCACACGCACAUAUAUCGGCCGCAUGUAACAAGGCGAAAUAAUUUUUUUUCGCGUUCGAAUAUCGAGUGGAGCCGUCUUUCGAUUAUUUGAUCAAUACAUUUUAUACCUGGAUGAGUAAUGUUAUAAAUAUUGAGAUCAUACUGCAUAAAAUUUGCGCGUGAGAUUAUUUUAGAAAAACUUUGCUAAAGCGUACUGAGCGCGCACAUAUGAAAAUUCUGUAAUAAUAAUAAACUGUUAGAUCUUCCUAUUGAAGUAAAUGAUUGGUAUUGUAUGUUAAUAUGUUUAUAAAAACAUAAAUAGAACAAAAAUGAUGUAAACAAUCAUUUUCAUAAAGACUAGAUUAAGUUGGCUAAAAUUCAAGUCUUUGUCUGCUUUUGUUUUUACAGACAAAAAAAUUAUUUUUGCAAACGCGAAAUUUUGAAAGACGCGUUUAUUUGAGGCAGGUAAGUAAAUUUUAAAAUAAAUUGACUGUGUACAAAUACUAAUGCUCUCUUUUUGAUAACUUAUUUUAUAUUGAUUAUUUAUCUAUUUCGUUAUUGUGGCUCGGUUAUUAUAAAUGUGAGCAUCUAAAACUGCAAAGAUUAACAUUGCUGAUCUGAUAAUAUUAAAACCACUUUUCGAAUGAGUUUAUCGUGAAAUUUAUUUACAUGUUGCAUAUUACUCAUCCAGGAUCAAGAAUUGUAUCACGCUGAGUGAUUGCGCUCUUGGAUAAAUAUUUCGUUGCACUUAUUAUUUUACAAAGCGCAAAGUCUAGAAGUGCGGAUUGAGGCGUAACGAAGUUUAAAAAAAAAGUGUUCUCUCCUACUUCAAGUAUUGUACAGUAUUUAAAAUUACAAAAAA